AUGCGCUUCUUUAGCAUUUGUCGGCAGGCUCAUCUCCCUUCUCCUACUCUCAUCACCCUUCUCCCUACUCUCAUCACCCUUCUCCCUUCUCCCUACUCUCAUCAUCUUUCUCCCUACUCUCAUCUCCCUUCUCCCUACUCUCAUCUCCCUUCUCCCUACUCUCAUCACCCUUCUCCCUACUCUCAUCACCCUUCUCCCUACUCUCAUCACCCUUCUCCCUACUCUCAUCACCCUUCUCUCUACUCUCAUCUCCCUUCUCCCUUCUCUCAUCACCCUUCUCCCUACUCUCAUCACCCUUCUCCCUACUCUCAUCACCCUUCUCCCUUCUCUCAUCACCCUUCUCCGUACUCUCAUCACCCUUCUCUCUACUCUCAUCACCCUUCUCCCUACUCUCAUCACCCUUCUCCCUACUCUCAUCACCCUUCUCCCUACUCUCAUCACCCUUCUCCCUACUCUCAUCACCCUCUCCCUACUUUUAUCACCCUUCUCUCUACUCUCAUCACCCUUCUCCCUACUCUCAUCUCCCUUCUCCCUACUCUCAUCACCCUUCUCCCUACUCUCAUCACCCUUCUUCCUACUCUCAUCACCCUUCUCCCUACUCUCAUCACCCUUCUCCCUACUCUCAUCACCCUUCUCCCUACUCUCAUCACCCUUCUCCCUACUCUCAUCACCCUUCUCCCUACUCUCAUCACCCUCUCCCUACUUUUAUCACCCUUCUCUCUACUCUCAUCACCCUUCUCCCUACUCUCAUCUCCCUUCUCCCUACUCUCAUCACCCUUCUCCCUACUCUCAUCACCCUUCUCCCUACUCUCAUCACCCUUCUCCCUACUCUCAUCUCCCUUCUCCCUUCUCUCAUCACCCUUCUCCCUACUCUCAUCACCCAUGCGCUUCCUUUCCUUAGCGUUUGUGGGUAAGCACGACCGUCAUCGCGGGCGCCAUCUAUUCUGUGUGCGCACCAAGCUGAAGUUGCUAUGGCUCAUCUCCCUUCUCCCAACUCUCAUCACCCUUCUCCCUACUCUCAUCACCCUUCACCCUUCUCCCUACUCUCAUCACCUUUCUCCCUACUCUCAUCUCCCUUCUCCCUACUCUCAUCACCCUUCUCCCUACUCUCAUCACCCUUCUCCCUACUCUCAUCACCCUUCUCCCUACUCUCAUCACCCCUCUCCCUACUCUUAUCUCCCUUCUCCCUAUUCUCAUUUCCCUUCUGCCUACUCUCAUCACCCUUCUCCCUACUCUCAUCACCCUUCUCCCUACUCUCAUCACCUUUCUCCCUACUCUCAUCACCCUUAUCCCUACUCUCAUCACCUUUCUCCCUACUCUCAUCUCACUUCUCCCUACUCUCAUCUCCCUUCUCCCUACUCUCAUCACCCUUCUCCCUACUCUCAUCACCCUUCUCCCUACUCUCAUCACCCUUCUCCCUACUCUUAUCUCCCUUCUCCCUACUCACAUCACCCAUGGGCUUCCUUUCCGCUCAUUUCACUUCUCCCUACUCUCAUCACCCUUCUCCCUACUCUCAUCACCCUUCUCCCUUCUCCCUACUCUCAUCACCUUUCUCCCUACUCUCAUCUCCCUUCUCCCUACUCUCAUCUCCCUUCUCCCUACUCUCAUCACCCUUCUCCCUUCUCUCAUCUCCCUUCUCCCUACUCUUAUCACCUUUCUCCCUACUCUCAUCACCCUUCUCCCUAUUCUCAUCAACCUUCUCCCUACUCUCAUCACCCUUCUCCCUACUCUCAUCACCCUUCUCCCUACUCUCAUCACCCUUCUCCCUACUCUAAUCACCCUUCUCCCUACUCUCAUCACCCUUCUCCCUAUUCUCAUCACCCUUCUCCCUACUCUCAUCACCCUUCUCCCUACUCUUAUCACCCUUCUCCCUACCCUCAUCACCCUUCUCCCUACUCUCAUCACCCUUCUCCCUACUCUCAUCACCCUUCUCCCUACUCUCAUCACCCUUCUCCCUACUCUCAUCUCCCUUCUCCCUACUCUCAUCACCCUUCUCCCUACUCUCAUCACCCUUCUCCCUACUCUUAUCACCCUUCUCCCUACUCUCAUCACCCUUCUCCGUACACUCAUCACCCUUCUCCCUACUCUCAUCACCCUUCUCUCUACUCUCAUCACCCUUCUCCCUACUCUCAUAACCCUUCUCCCUACUCUCAUCUCCCUUCUCCCUUCUCUCAUCACCCAUGCGCUUCCUUUCCUUAG